AUGAAAGAUUUUGGUGGAGAUAGUCUUGAUGUGGCCUUGACGCUCAACUGCAUUGGAGAUGUGCUGCUGAGGGAAGGGAGGAGAGAUCAAGCCUUGGAGCAACACAAACGAGCUCUUGACAUACAGUUGAAGAAAGUGGGAGAAAAACAUCUUAAUACAGCAAAUACCUACAAAUACAUUGGUAUUGCACUUCUGAAACAAAAUGACGACGAAAAAGCCGAAGAAACGCUCCGUAAAGCUCUUGAUAUCAUGGACGAUCUGCCGGCAAAAUCGUCUGAUUUGAUGGAUGUCAGCCAACAUCUAAGUGGGGCAUUGCAAUUUCAAGGCAAGUUUUCAGAGGCAAUCAAGAUCCAAAAAGCUGUACUUUCAAAACUACUACAAAGUCACGGGGAAGAUUACCCUGAAGUUGCAGUUGCAUACGCUGGCAUUGCAGGGAUGUUGGCAGACCAGAAUAGGUUUGACGAUGCUCUUCAGAUGCUUGAUAAAAGCAUCCAAGUUUGUUAUCGACUAAAAGGGCAGGGUCCAUGCAUUAAAGGAAUAUUGGCACA